AGGGAGAGGAGAAUGAGGACAGAUUAAGUGGAGUAUACACGCAACAAUGAGACAGAAAGAGAGGAAUCAUGAUCAUUCUCCACCCAAUCUUUUUGCGCAAUUUCGUUGAUUUUGUACAAUCUUAUUGACACUCAUUCAUUAGCGUUGACCCCUUCACCCGUAAGGACUGGUAUGACAUCAAGGCUCCUUCCAUGUUCGAAGUUCGUCAAGUCGGUAAAACCUUGGUCAACCGUACUCAAGGUCUCCGUAACGCCAACGACUCUCUCAACGGUCGUGUUGUCGAAGUCUCCCUUGGUGAUUUGUCCAAGGACGAAGGCCGUGCCUUCCGCAAGAUCAAGCUCAAGGUUGAUGAAAUCCAAGGCAAGAACUGUCUUACCAACUUUUACGGUAUGGACAUGACCACUGAUAAACUCCGUUCCAUGGUCAAGAAGUGGCAAUCACUCAUUGAAGCCUUUGUUGACAUCAAGACCACUGAUGGUUACUUGGUUCGUCUUUUUGCCAUCUCUUUCACUGCUCGUCGCCGUAACCAGAUCAAAAAGACCACCUAUGCUCAAGCUUCUCAAAUCCGUCAAAUCCGUAAAAAGAUGUUUGAAAUCAUGACUGAAGAAGCCUCUGCUUGCGAUCUUAAGGAAUUGGUUGCCAAGAUCACCAGCUCUGCCUCUCACGCUUCUCAAGACGCUAUUGCUGUCCGUAUUGAAAAGGCUUGCCAAGGUAUCUACCCUCUUCAAAACACCUACAUUCGUAAGGUCAAGAUCCUCAAGGCUCCCAAAUUUGACGUCUCUGCUCUCUUGGCCCUUCACGGUGGUGCUGCCGCUGCUGCUGAUGACACUGGUGCUAAGGCUGCCAAGGAGUUUGUUGAACCUCCUAUCUUGGCUUCUGUCUAAGAAAAACGUAGAUUUUUAUUUGCUCACUAUAUGG